AUGUUCUACUAUCCCAACGUGCUUCAGCGCCAUACAGGCUGCUUCGCCACUAUUUGGCUAGCGGCAACCCGAGGCAGCCGGUUGGUGAAGCGGGAAUAUCUGAAAGUGAACGUCGUAAAGACCUGCGAGGAAAUACUCAAUUAUGUGCUGGUACGAGUGCAACCUCCGAUGCCCGGGCUGCCCCGGCCCCGCUUCUCUCUCUAUCUCUCCGCCCAGCUUCAGAUUGGCGUGAUACGGGUCUACUCCCAGCAGUGCCAGUACCUUGUGGAAGACAUCCAGCAUAUCCUAGAGCAUCUGCACCGGGCCCAGCAGCGGAUUCGCAUUGACAUGGAGGAGGCUGACCUACCUAGCUUGCUCCUUCCUAACUGCCUGGCCAUGAUGGAGAUGCUGGAAGAUGCUCCAGAACCUUUUUUUGGGACGAUGUCUGUGGAUCCUAGACUUCCCAGCCCUUUUGAUAUUCCUCAGAUUCGACAUCUUUUAGAGGCUGUGACCCCAGAGAAAAUUGGUAAGGAGACCUCCCCUGAAGUCACUGCUGAGCCCAGGGAUCCAGACAGGACCUUAGCCACUGCAAAGUCUCCUGAGACCAUCACCCUACAGGAGGCAGAACCCAUACGCAUGUUGCAGAUUGAGGGGGAGCAGGAUCUCCCAGAGGUCAGUCGGGGAGAUUUGGACCUGCUGAUUGCAGAGGAAGAUGAUGCCAUAUUGCUGGAGGAACGUCGGCGACGCAGGCUUCUCCGGCAGCGGAGGGUUUCCCCAGCACUGGAUGAAUCCAAGGAAGAACCCCGGGCCAUGGAGGGUAAUGGUGUGGUCCCCUCGUUCUCACCUCCAGCUCCAGCACAGGUUGAAGGCUUAAGAGAACCACUUCCAGACCAGCUCUUCCCUCCUGAGGUACAGAAAUUGACAGGCUGGGAACCUGAGGCCAUACUCACUGAGGUGACCCCUCCUCAGGAGCUGCGCCUACCCACCCCACCUAGUGCAGAGAAGAGGCCCCCACCUCCUCCGAGCCCACCUGGCCGCCAACGCCGCCAGUUACUCUUCUGGGACAAGGAAACUCAGAUCUCCCGGAAGAAAUUUGAGGAACAGCUGCAGACCAGGGCUCACUGCUGGGAAUAUCCCGUGAUCCAGCCUCCCAAAAGGAUGAUUACAAGCCCGGCGGAGCUCUUCAGAACCCCGACUCUCUCGGGCUGGCUGGCGCCAGAACUACUAGCUUUAUGGACCCACUGUGCCCAGACACCCUCAAGAAUGCCGAGACAAAGACCACAACGGGAGCCUGAAGAGGCAGCUGAGGAGAGGGAAGUGGCAGGCGAGGAGGGAAGACUGACUGAAGCUCUGAGCGAGAUUGAGGUCCUGAGGGAGGCCCAGGAGCCCAGUGGUCCCCUCAUGCUCUCUUCAGAGCUCUCCCUGGAAGCAGCUGAAGAGGAAAAGUCACGGACUAGCCUCAUCCCCCCAGAGGAACGGUGGGCCUGGACUGAAGAGGGGCAGCCAGAGCCUCCUGCACUGCCCAUGCUGCCUGAAAUCCCAGAAGUGCCCAUGGAGAUGCCCCCAGGACCUGAGCUACUCUCUUCAGAGGCUGUAUUUAGAGCAAUAGCAUUGGAGCUGCAAGCCAACAGGGAACCUGAUUUCAGCAGCCUGGUACCCCCUCUCAGCCCCCGGAAGUUAGCUUCUCGGGUCUUCUACCUGCUCCUGGUGUUGUCGGCAGAGAAGAUCCUUCUUGUGGAGCAAGAGAAGCCAUAUGGGCGCCUCCUGAUCCAUCGGGGUCCCAGAUUCCACUAAGCAAGUUCAUUAAACCAUAUCCUACCUCA